AUGCAGCCGAAAAAGGGCAAAUCUCAAGAACCACUCCUAUCGUCGACCGGCCACCCUCUUCCCCGACGAACAUCGCCGGAAAACUCAAUUACGUUACGACACCAUCAGCUCGCUCGCGAUGCUUCCCUAAGGGCGAGUCGUGGCUCGGCUCCGCCGAAACAGACCAAGCAGGACACCUCGUCACCCCGUCGAGCCUCAUCGGGGGAGAGCCACGAGACCGGCCAGAGCGACGCCAACAAUUGGUUCGACCAGUCCAACCAAAACCCAACAGCUACCUUUGACAACAACACCAUGGAUGUGGAGCCGCCCUUUUUCCAGAAGGAAUCCGAUUCUUCGAAUGAAGAAAAGCCAGGCCAAUCCCCACCACCCGUGCCCCGAAACCUGUCCAAUGCCCGCAGCAGCAGCGCCGAUGACUACCGAAGCGUCAUUGACGAUCUCACUGUUGAGAUUCAGAAGCUCAAGGAAGAACUGAAGCGCUACAAGCAGCGUGGCCCGGAUAUGCUUCGUAAAGACAAGCUCUUUGAAAUCAAGAUGCAUGGCUUGCCGAAGAGGAAGAAACGCGAAUUGGAGGCUACGCUUCGGGAUUUCGCAGCGGGUCUAUCGGGAGAUUCUCCGGAGACCACCUCGUCCCAGCGCAACAAGUCGUCUUCCAGGCAUGCCACGCGCGAGCGCAUGUACUCGGGCUCGAACUCCCUGUCGCAGUCUAAGCAUGCCUCGUCAUCGUCCGGGUCCAAUACGCGACCCGUCGAUUCAGCCUAUGCCUCCAUGUCCACCGGGGCGGGCUCCUCCGGGACCUCGCUGAACAGGCCACAAGGGGGCUCGCGGUUUAGGACGAACGACCAGAAAGUCGAGAACUACUUGCGCGAGAUUCCCGAGGGACUGUAUCCCCGGCUUGUUCCCAUGACGGAGAAGGAAAAGAAGAAGCUCGUGGUCCGACGCCUUGAGCAGAUAUUUACGGGUAAGAUUUCCGGCAAGCAUUCGAGAAAGAAUCAAACUGGCGAACCACCUCCCGGAUCCGCCCCGCCCCCAGCUCAGGCAACUCCGGGCCAUGCUUCUCCCCGGCGCUCAUCUCUGGUGCAAAUACCGACGCCCAAGCUUAGCACUCAUGGUAGCUCUAACAUGAAGCCUCCCCUGGAACCUGUGCGCGAAGCUCGAUUCUCUGCCGCGGAACAACACUCCGGUCAAGGGGAAAAGAAGAGCAGAUCGCAGGACAUGGGCUCGGCAUCCAACUCGAAUGAAGAUCAAACCGAACCUGGGGGGACCGGUAGCGGCAGCGGUACCGCCCACGGCAACGGUAACAGCGGUUCAGGCACAAACCCUUCCCCCCCAAUGCCACCGCCUCCCGAGCAGCGGCCCACGAGGCCUAGGGACCUUGAUCCCGAUCGCGUCCAGAUUCCUUCCGAAAACAUGGAGUACAUUCGACACUUGGGUCUUGUCCCUCCGGAGCUGCUACCCAAUCCGCCAGAACGGACCUAUGACGACGUUCACAUUGACGAAGAUGGGUGGGUGUAUCUAAAUCUCCUCUGCAACAUGGCGCAACUACACAUCAUGAAUGUCACCCCGGACUUUGUGCGCAAAGCCGUCGCCGACCUGAGUGCCAAAUUUCAGCUUUCGCCAGACGGUCGAAAAAUUCGAUGGCGUGGUGGUACAGACGGCACCAAGUUCAGCAGCGACAGCUCGGGCGACCACUCGCAACGGAGCCCGGAGACGGACGAAACGGAAAUCACAAAGAAGGAGCGUCGCAAGAGACAGAAGACGGGUCGCUCAACGGGUGACUCCUGGAGCCCGACAAACCACCUGUCCAACUAUGGGCCACAAGUUUCAGCAUCAACCGAGAGCUUUCACUACAAGCCCAUGUUCCUCCAUCAGCAGUCGCCCAACGAGCAAUCCUCCAUGGAGGAUGGCACUCUGUCGUCCUUUGGCCCUAUCGAGGAGAGCAAUGCUGCAGAUUCGCGAUGGGGCCAGAGCGGCUCGGGUACGUCCGUCCGCCGCAAACGCCGUCGCGAUGGCGCCAUCAUCUACUACAGCGGCGCUCCGUUUUGCACCGACCUAUCGGGUGACCCGGGGGAUAUAUCGCCCACGACGUACAUGCUCUCGAGCAGCAGAGACAAGGUCGAAUCCCCGCCGCAUUUUGACCGCCCGAUUCCAUUCAGAUCCGGAUCCGGUUCUUCUAUCGCCAGGCUGCCAUUGAGUGACGCUGACCUUGAUCUUCGCUCCAUGUCCGAAAUGGAGGUCGAUGAUGGGAAAGGCGGCGUGCCUGAUCUCAUGACGGACUCUGGUGAUGAUUCGAGUGAAUUCAACAUGGAUCUUUGCUGGAGCGAUGCGCCCCAGAUACUCGAAGUGCGUCCCCUCGAGCCCUGUGGCCUGGGUGGCGUGCUGCCUGAGGAUCACUUCAUGGUGGUGGUCACGACUAGGCGGUCAAAGCUCGACGCAUACGAGAGCCAGCGGAAGAAGCUGUCCGAAGAGGCCACAGAAAACAUCAUAGGCCGGUUGGCCACAAUGUCCACAUCGUCACCGCGUCCUUUCGUCCGCCGACUACGGAUGCAGGAUGAACCACCGAAGCUCCAGAUCGAGUACCUGUCGGGUCGUAUCAGGCGCCUGGAACCCGUACCGCUCCCUCCGCCUGCCAUUUUCUUUCCGCCUUUCAGUUCGGAUUCAUGGUCCGAGGACGAAUCUGGAUCGGACGGAGACGAUGAGCUUAACUCUUCGGAAGAGUUUAUGAGCCGACGAGCAAACCCGCAUCUAUCGGACGGCUAUCCCGACGGCGUCCUCACGAGCGCCGAUGAGGAUGGAGAAGAACCCGAAGAUGAUGUUGCUAUGCCGAACGACGAGGCAGACAGCAGUGGGCUAGACGACCUUCCACCGCGGAACCUUGGCCGAAUUCUGCACUCUCGGGGCAGCACCGAGGCUGUGCCAGGGACUAUUGGUGGAAGGAGCACCAGCCCUCAUGUGGACGGUAUGCUCCCUGCCGGAGGGAGUUCCGCGGCCACUGCAGGAGGAGGCUUUGAGAGCGAUUACCACAGCGGCCUCGACCAGAGCAGUUGAAGAAAAGCAGAUGCACGUUUGUUGCGUGGUGGAAGUGGAUAUGAAGAGAGCUACGAAAGCACCAGCAAGCAUCUUGUGGGCGGCAGAUCUGUCAAUGGAGGUUGUGGAGUGCUGACCAUUGCCCAAAGAUGUUUCAUGUCGAAACGAUUUCCCUUGACGUUCUUUUCUUGAAUACCCCAGUAUGUGUCAGGAGGGCAUAGUUGACGACUUAUUUUUCAAAACGAAAAGGGGAAACAGUACGAUUCCCUCGAUGCGCGCGAUUGUACCACAGCCUUGUUUUAGUAUUUACUACCUACCCAGUGUAUAUCCAGUACAGAGAGGUUGUACUGAUGAGUGUUGCAUUAAUUCCCCCUGCUGCUUGGGUCAAGGGAGUAUAUAGAUGCUAGAUAUCCUGUAUG